CCACCUCCACUCUCAUCUCCUCACCAUCGUCCCCCACCCCCACCCUCACCGUUUUGGCCACCCCUCACGUAUUCAACUCACCUUCUUCCGGUCGCAUUGUUUACAUCCAUCACCAUCCUAACCCAUUCGGCGCAUCACCCCCAUUUAAUUCACAACUCCAGAGCUCAUCCUUAUAUUAGGGUUUCAAAAUUCAAAUUCAAAUUAAAAUCGGUGUGGGUUGAAGAUGGAUUAUUUAUCAACCACAUUAACAAAGAAGAAAGAAAUAGACAGCAUCAUUAGAGAUACAAUCGACAAGGUUCUCAUCCUCCGCUUCGGUCGCUCCACCGAUGCCGUCUGUCUCCAGCUUGACGACAUCCUUGUAAAAUCGGCACGCGAUGUUUCAAAGUUUGCCACCGUGGCAUUGGUCGAUAUUGAUUCGGAAGAUAUUCAAGUUUAUGUGAAGUACUUCGACAUCACUUUCAUUCCGUCAACCGUUUUCUUCUUUAAUGCUCAUCAUAUGAAGAUGGAUUCUGGGACUGCUGAUCACACGAAAUGGGUGGGUGCAUUUCAUAGAAAACAAGACUUUGUUGAUGUUGUAGAGGCAAUAUUUAGGGGAGCCAUGAAAGGGAAGCUAAUUGUUAAUUGCCCUUUACCUCCAGAGCGCAUUCCAAAAUAUCAGUUGUUUUACAAGGAUGUAUAGAAGUUAAUCACUUUGGUGCUCCAUGAAGUUCCUAGGUCAAUAAUGUUACAAAAUACUGAUUUCAGAGCGAAUUAUCAUGGUUUUUUCUUUCUAAUAUUUGGUUUCUAUGGCAUAGGGCAUAUACCGAUGAUUGCUAUUGCUAGAUCAGUGAUUUGUCCACUGCAUAAAUGAGCUGCUGACAGCACCCAUCUCCGGUGGGGAGCAAAGAUUAGUGCUGAUCAGAGUCUGUACCCAAGUAAAUAAACAAAUAAAACCUUUUAUUGUUGCUUUAGAUUUUGUGUUUCGUUUUGUUGAUUCAACUUGUGCUUUUUCAACAAUUUAUCAUUGCAGCUA